UCUCCCUUACUUUCUUUCACAACCACUCUCUUUUCUCAUUCCUUCCUUCCUUUGGCUUCUGUUUUAUUCAAUCUUUAAUAUAUUCAGUCGUUUCCAAUCAAAAUGCAGCUUAACAACCUUCUCGCCCUCGCCCUGUCGCUGGCAGUCGCCGAGGCUGCCCACAAGGGUUUCAACUACGGUGCUGCCAAGUCUGAUGGCAGCAGCAAGGUGCAGGCCGACUUCGAGGCCGAAUUCAAGACCGCCAAGAACCUGGAGGAUGCUUCCGGAUUCAACAGUGCCAGAUUGUACACCAUGAUCCAAGGUGGUACCACCAACGACCCCAUCUCCGCCAUCCCCGCCGCCAUCAAGGAGAAGACCUCUCUCCUGCUCGGCCUCUGGGCCUCCGGUGGUGGCAUGGACAACGAAAUCGCUGCCCUCAAGAACGCCAUCGAGAAAUACGGCGACGACUUCACCAAGCUGGUCGUCGGUAUCUCCGUCGGUAGCGAGGAUCUUUACCGCAACUCCUACGACGGUGUUCAGGCCGAGGCCGGCGUUGGAAUCGGCCCCGACGAGCUCGCCGGCUACAUCAAGAAGGUCCGCUCGGUCAUCUCCGGCACCAGCCUGAGCAAGGCUUCGAUCGGUCACGUCGACACCUGGACCGCCUGGACCAACGGCUCCAACUCGGCCGUUGUCGACGCCGUCGACUGGCUGGGUUUCGAUGGAUACCCCUUCUUCCAGAACACUAUGGACAACUCCAUCUCCGACGCCAAGAAGCUGUUCGACGAAUCCGUCGAGAAGACCAAGUCUGUGGCCGGCGACAAGGAGGUCUGGAUCACCGAGACUGGAUGGCCCGUGAGCGGCGACAAGCAGAACCUGGCCAUCGCCAACCCGGAGAACGCUAAGAAAUUCUGGGACGAGGUCGGAUGCCCCCUGUUCGACGAGGUCAACACCUGGUGGUACAUCCUCCAGGAUGCUGCUCCCACCACUCCUAACCCCAGCUUCGGUAUUGUCGGCAGCGACCUGAGCGAGAAGCCUUUGUUCGACCUGAAGUGCUCCAACAAGAACUCGACCAGCUCCGGCUCCGGCUCCGGCUCUGGAUCUUCUGGCUCCUCCAGCUCCUCUGGCUCCAAGAACUCCGACUCUAGCUCCUCCGGUUCGUCUGGCUCCAGCUCUGGCCACGGCUCCAGCUCUUCCGGCUCCUCCGGUUCUUCCUCAUCCGGCUCCUCUUCCUCUGGAUCCGCUGCCUCCAGCGCCAGCGGCUCCGUGACCGCCUCUUCCUCCGCCGCUGCCAGCUCCGGUUACCGUGGACACUCCGGGCGUCCCCCCUACGGCUUCGGCAAGGGUGGCUACAACUUCACCCACGGCUACAACUCGACCCACCCCAGACCCUCCAAGACCUCCAGCUUCCACUCCGCUUCCACCUCCGGAAGCUCUGGCUCUGGCUCUGGCUCUGGUUCCGGCUCCGGCUCCGGCUCGGGAUCCGGCAGCGGCAGCGGCAGCGGCUCUGGCUCCGACUCUGCCAGCGGCACUGGCAGCACUCCUUCUUCCAGCAUCACUCCUUCCAGCGGUGCUGCCAGCCUGUCGAGCUCCAUCUUCGGCGCCGCCGUUGCUGUCGGUGCUUUCGUCGCUCUGCUGUAAGCGCUUCUUUGUCAUUUUAGUUCUACGAGACACGACCGUGCAACUGGCGCGUAGUGUC